AUGGUACGCAAGCAGCAGACGGACGAGGUGAUCCCGCAGGUGAUCGUAACCGAGCAGGAGCAGCCGGGCGAUGAGCGGUCGAUGUCGCGCGAGGGCACCUUCUCGCGGGAACCGUCCCGGGAUCGCCGUUCCCGCUCGGUGUCCAUCUCGCGCCUCCGGGUGGACGAUCCGCUGCGGAAGGAGAUGAUGCUCGUGAGGGAGAAGUCACCGUUCGAGAUCGGGGAGAACCGUAAUGUGCAGGUCGCCUCGUGUAAGGCCAUCAUCGAUAAGGCGCUGGUGAUGGACGUGUCGGGCGGUGUGACGAACGUGGACGAGUACAUCUCGCUCUUCUUCUCGUCGGGCUGCGUCAUCGACGAGGCCUCCUGCAAGGACAUCUCGACCGCGGUGGAGGUAACGAUCAUCGAGGAGGAAGAGGAGCGGCCCGAGUUGGUGGUGAUGCCACUCGUCGAAGAGGAACCGGCGGCGCUUGAGGCUGAUGGUGCGGAUGGUCAUGACGUAGAAGCAACCGAGCCGGACGCAACCGAAGCGUUCGAAGGUGCAACGGACGAACUGGGGGACGAGGCGGGGGAGGGAGAGAACGCCGACGUGGGCGUACCCGAACCACUGCCCGAAGAGCCGGCCGAACCCAAGGAUGAUGAAUCUGAUUUAAAAGACGAUGGCGAUGAGUCCGGGGAGACUUAUAGCGAAUCGGAGGAAUCAUCGUCAGAACUAUCCUACUCCUACAGCGACAUGUCCGUGGACGAAGUGGAUCCCUCCGAGUGGCGCGUGUUCCACGAGGAUGAGGACGAAAUCGCGAUGAUCAAGUUCGAGCAGCGGGAAAAAACGCCCGAGCUCACGGAGAAGGAGAAGGAUGCCGAGUUCCAGCGGCUCCGGAAGGCGUCGCGACCACCGCUAUAUCUCACCAAGCUCACCGACCGGAGUGCCCCCACAGGUUCCACAAUCAAGCUGCAGUGCACGAUCGAGGGACAGGAGGUGACCGUACAGUGGCUCAAGAACGAUCAACCCAUCGAGCGGACGGCUUACCUGCAGACAUCGGUCGCCGACGGUCUGUACACGCUCACGAUCAAGGGCUUGCGGCAUUCGGAUGCGGGCGAGUACAAGAUAGUGGCAAAGAACAGGGGCGGCGUGGUACCGUCCAUUGCCCGGGUAAGGGUGUACGACGCGAUCAAGCCCAAGUGUCAGCUUCCAUUCUUUGUCAAAGUCAGAGACUACUUCCAUCAUGCGCUGAACGAUCUGGUGAUCGAGUGUCAGAUCAUGUUCCAGCAGGAAUGGUCCAUCCCGACGAUCACCUGGCUCAAGGACGGCGAUCCGAUCGUGCUGGACCAGCGGAUAGGUGCCACCUACGAGGGCGAGGAGAUAUUCCAGCUCAACAUCUACGACCCCACGCCCGAGGACAGCGGGCGCUACACGUGCAUCGCCGAGAAUGAGGCUGGCCGGGCCCAGAUCUCGCACACGGUCGACUUUGUGGACAAGGUGCCCUACAUGCGUCUCCCGGGCAUCACGAAUGCCGAUCGAAAGUUGCUCACGGAGGAAGAGAUCGAGGAGCGCAAGCGCGAAGAGCAGCGUAUCAAGAAGGAAGCACAGGAACGGUUGGCCGGCGGUGGAAAGUCGGGUCGCGGCGGUGAGGACGUCCACGAACCGUACGAAUCGGAAUCGUUCGUCAUACGCGACUCGAAGAACAAGCUAACGUGGGCCGGUCAGCUGCACAACGUCACCACGACCAAGGGUGCGGUGGUGAAGAUGACCUGUUCGGCUAACGGGCCGUUGCCGAUGUUCAAGUGGCAGCGUAACGGGCGUGCGAUCGAUUUUGGCGACCACGUCAAACUGAUGAACAGUGGUGCGAUCGGCCAGAUCGUGAUCAAUGGUGUGACGCGCAAAGAUGCGGGCGAAUACACCUGCACGGCGAAGAACAGUCACAACGAGAUCAAGACGACGUGCGUGCUGAAGGUGAUAACGCUACCGUCGGCCGAAACGACGCCGGCCACGUUUACGCGAGCCGUGAAGGAGUUCUACGACAUCCGAGCCGACGAUCUGGUGCUAGAGGUAAACGUGCACGGUGUCCCGAAGCCAACGAUCAAGUGGCUGAAGGAUGGCGAAGAUGUGGUGCUCGGCGAGAAGCUGCUGAUAAACCGCGAACCGAAUGGCGUCUAUCAGCUGUGCAUCCACAAGCCGGCCCCGUCCGACUGUGGCGUGUACGAGUGUCAGGCUGUCAACUCGGCCGGCACCGCCAAGGUGUCGCACGAGGUAAGCUUCACGUCGAAGGAUAAGCUGAUUCACGUGCAGCACAUCGAACAUGCGGACUACUUUAAAAGACGGCUCGAGGAGAAGGAAGCGGCCAGUCUACUGUUGACGGCGGAACCGACCCCACCGACCGACCAGGCGCAACAGGCCACCCAGCCAGCCCAGCCACAGGCACAGCAGCAAUCCGAACCGGCACCGGUUAGCACGAGCGAGUCCGUUCCAUCGGCGGACACAGGUGCUGAGCAACCCGACGCAACCGGUGAAGCGGCCGUAGCACCGGCAGAAGCUCCUCAAGAGCAAGCCGCACCAGCAGCGAAACCGAAACCUGCGUUCAAGGCAAUGCCUCGGAAACGGUUCGAGGAUGGACCGGUGGAACCGUUCGUCAUCCGGGACUCCAAGAACCGGUUGAUGUGGGAGACGAAGCUGAAGAACCAAACGGCACCGGCCGGUAAGACGAUGAAGCUGACGUGCAGUGUGACUGGGCCACAGCCGACGUGGCGCUGGCUGAAGAACGGCAAGCCGCUCGUCUGGAGCAAGAACGUCAUAAACGCCACCAAGGGUGAGUUUGGCAGUGUGCGCAUCACGCCAACAACAGUGGCCGAUUCGGGCGAGUACCAGGCGUUCGCGAAGAACAGCUUCGGCGAGAUCGAGUGCUCCUGCACGGUCAACAUCUUUGCGACGGAGAAGGACAUCGAGACGGUGCCUACGUUCACGAGGGUCAUUGACUACUACGAUUCCUUAGUGGAUGAUCUGAUCCUGGAGGUGCACGUACGCGGUGUCCCGGACCCGAAGCUGACCUGGGAGCGCGAUGGUGUGGAGUUUACGAACGAAACGGAUCGUGUGAUUAUCUCUCGUCAGGGAGACGGUGUUUAUCGGUUGAGCAUCCACAAUCCUGAAAAGCUGGACGGUGGCAAAUGGGUAGUGACGGCUAAGAAUAGUGCCGGUGAGGAGAAGCUUAAGCACUCGGUCACUUUCAAGGGCCGUGAGUUCUACCAGAACCAGCUCACGCACGGCAUCUACCAUGCGGACAAGCAGGUGACGCGGUCGGAAGAGGACGGAAUCGUGUACGGUACACGGUCUCGGUCGGUAUCGCGGGCACCAUCCGUCGCCCAUCAUGCAGGUCCCGAAUCGGACAUUUCCGCCGUUGUUGAGGCACUCCAGGCUGUUGAAGCAACAACAACAACCGAGGAAGCUGCUGCACCUGCUGAUGGAGCGGAAGCACCUGCAGCCGAGGAACCGGCCGUCAAGAAGAAGAAGGAACCGAAGCAAUGGCGCAAGAAUCUGCAGGGUCUGCUGAAGGGACGCAUUCCCGGACCGAUUCCAGAGGAGCCCACCAAACACAAGGUGCUGGAAGUGAAGCAGAAGCUGUACUUUGAGGCGAACCUGAAGAAUCAAACCGUGGCGGAAGGUUCGCACAUUAAGCUGGUGUGCUCGUGCGUUGGUCCGCAGCCGACGAUCAAGUGGUUCAAGAACAACAUUCCGCUCGUCUGGAGCAAGAAUGUGAAGAACGAUACGAAGCUGGGCGUCGGCGCGGUUCACAUCAUCUCGGCCGAGCUGAACGACUCGGGCACUUACAAGUGUACGGCCAGUAAUACGGCCGGUGAAGUGGAGACGAGUUGCAAGGUGAUCGUGUUCCCGGUACCCGAGAAGCAGCACGUUGCACCGAGCUUUGUGCGCAAUGUUAAGGAGCACUACGACAUCCAGACGAAUGAUUUGAUUCUGGAGGUGAACGUGCGCGGCAACCCGAUGCCCUCGGUCAAGUGGCUGCGUGACGGUAUCGAUCUGCAGGACCCAACCGGGGAGAAGUUCUUCCCGAUGCGUGAGCCCGGCGGUGUCUUCAAGCUCACCAUCCACGAUCCGCAAGCCAAGGAUGAAGGACAGUACGCGUGCGAAGCGACGAACGUCGUCGGCAAGGACGUCAUCCGGCACGCGGUCCGCAAGAUCGUGGAUCGUAAGAUCGCCGAAAGCCACGUGUUCGGUAUCGCCUACCACGAUCCGAAUGUGAUGAAGCGCGGUGUGUACGAGGAACCACCGAAACCGGAACCGGUCCCACGCCCGCACCGCGAAUUCAUCUUCCUCGAGGACGGUUCGUACUACAUACGCGGACAGACGCCCGAACAUCUGUGGGAGUGGGAAACGGAUACCAGCGCGGAAAGUGAGUACGAGGAGUACGUCUCGCCCGAACCGGAACCGGAACCAGAGCUGCCUCCGGAGCCGGAACCAGAGCCAGAACCAGCACCAGUGGAAAAGGUGCCGUCGCGCUCACCUUCGCCCGACUUCCUGAUCAAGACUCCACCGCCACCACCUAAGAAGCAACCGACUCCGGUCGAAGCGGACGAUGAGGACGAGGACGAGGAUGAGGACGAGGAGGAGGAAGAGGCACCACCACCACCACCGAAGCGUGGCCCGAAGAUCAAGAAGCUGCGCAAGAAGCGUGUUAAGCAGCCGGUCCAAGAGGAGGAACAGGUGAUCGCAGAACCGGCUCCGGCCGAAGCUGCACCACCAGCAGCACCCCAACCAGUGGAACCGAAACCGGAGGAAGUGGCCCCAACGGAACCGGCACCUGCUGAGGGCGAAACGGUUGAGGAUAAGGACAAGCUUCGCAAGGAACGCUAUCUGCGUCUGUUCCCGGAGCUCAACCCGGACGAUGCAAAGCGUGUGGAUGCGCGGGCCGUACUGCGCUUCGGAAGCACCCUGCACGACAUCAACAUUGUCGAGGGUAAGCCGGUGCGUCUGUUCUGUACUGUGCUGGGCAACAAGGCCGACUUCAAGUGGUACAAGAACGGAGAGCCAAUGGAGUUUACCAAGCAGAUCAAGAACCUGUCCGAUGCGAAGGAAGGCACGGGUGUGGUGGCGUUCAACAAGGCCGCUCGGGAGGAUACGGGCGAGUACGAGGUGGUGGUGAAGGAUAAGUCCGGUGCCGUCAUCAAGGGUACCUGCAAACUGAACGUGCUACCGGCACCGGUUCGUAUUCCGGUGGCCGAGGGUGAAGCUCCCCGGUACGUGCGCUGCAUGACCCAACACUACGAUCUCCGCGUCGAUGAUCUGGUGCUGGAAACGCAGAUCAAGGGUACGGGUCCGAUCAAGGUGGAAUGGUAUCUGGACGGUAUCAUCAUCCCGAACAACGAGAAGUACAUCCAGAUCCGUGAACCGCACGGUAUCCACAAGCUGUGCAUCCACAACCCGCAGAUUCGCGACAAUGGCCGGUACAUGGUGAAGGCCAUGAACGACUUCGGUACGGAAGAGUUGAAGUACACGCUGCGGUUUGAGGGUAAGGCGGCCGCGAUGCCCAUGUACCAUAUGCACCAUGCGGACAAGCGUCGUCCCGCGUAUGAGGAGGAGAAGGUACAGGAACCACGCCAACAUCGUGAAGUCGUGUUCCUGGAGGAUGGUUCGUACUACUUGAAGGGACAAACGCCCGAACGGUUCUGGGAAUGGGAAACGGACACGGACGCCGAGAGCGAGUAUGAAGAGUACGUGCCCGGUGACACCGAGAGCGAGGAAGAGCCGGAACCGGAAGAAGAGGAAGAGAAGGAAGAAGUGGAGGAGAAACCGGCCUCGCCGACGAAACCGGCCUCGCCGGCGAAACCGCCAACCACUGAACCAGCUGCCGAAGGCGCGGAGAAGGAAGAAGCGGAGGAAGAAGAGGAGGAGGAAGAGGUAGAGGAACCACCGCCGAAACCUCCGAAGCGUGGACCAAAGAUUAAGAAGCUGCGCCGCAAGCUGCCGAAGCAACCAACUCCCGAGGAGGUCCCGGAGGAAAAACCGAAGGAGGUGCCGAGACAGCGCGAACCACAGCCCCAGCGUGGCCCGACCGGUGAACCGAAGGUGAAGCUCAGUCAGCUGAUAUCGAGCGGCAAGAGUUUGGCACCGCCGGAGGUACCGCGCGUCAAGCGCUGGAAGAAACCGAUCGAGGUGGAGUUCAUCUCGCAUCUGCGCAGUGGCACGAUUAAGAAGGGCAAGAACCUGACGCUCAACUGUUGCUGCUCGGACGCGCAGAAGAUUGAGGUGACCUGGCUGAAGGAUGACGAACCGUUGGUGAUGGGACCGCGCUGUCGUAGUGACGUAACGCGCCAGGGUUACUGCACGCUGGAUCUGGUCGAUCUGCGGCUGGAAGAUUCGGGCGUGUACAAGUGCGUGGCCAAGACGGCCAACGGCACGGCUACGGAUUCCUGCCGCAUCACUGUGUUUGAGUUGGAAAAGAAGGACGAAGUCGAGCUGGUACCUCCGACGUUCAUCACACCAUUGAGAGAACUGUACCACCCGACGACGAACGAUCUGCAUCUGGAGAUUCGCGUGCGCGGCAACCCGGUACCGACGUUCCGCUGGAUGUACGAUGCCAUACCGAUCCUGCAGAGCAACGAAAAGUACGAGAUCUUCAACCAGCACUACUACGAAAACGGUACCAAGAUCACCACCGUACAGCUGAUCAUCAACGAUCCACAGCUGCGCGACAGUGGCAAGUACACGCUGAUCGCCAAGAACGACGUGAAGACGGUGGAAAUGUCUCGGCAGAUCUCGAUCCCGUUGCGCUUCGACCAGCGGGUGCAGGCACCCAAGAAGCGCAUGGACGAUGUGGUGGUACAGAAUGAGGCGCCACGCGUCCUGCCGAAACCACCGACGCCCGAACCGGAACCGGUCGUUGAGGAACCACCGGCCGAACCGGCCGAAGGCGAGGAACAGCCAGAGGAAGAGGUGGAAGAGGAAAAGGAAGACGAGGAGGAGGAAGAUGAAUAGAUCGAGUAUGUAGAGCUGUGCAGGCUUUUUAGGGUAUAAGCUAAUCUCUAGUUUAAGAAGUUUUUGUUUGUGUAACUUGCUUUACUUGUAGAAGGCGCCGUGUUCUGUUUGUUUAGAAAAUAAAUCACUCACUGUGAGUAUGUGAAUUAAA